UCCUUCUCGGCUUCCAAAUUCUCUUCGCUUUCCUUUCCUGGAACUUUCUUCUUCCCUUAUUUCGAGAGGAUUCUCUCGUUGUAAGUUUCCAUUCCAGCCUUCCAGAUAACAGAUUUUUCAAUUCAAUCUGGAGAGAGAGAGAGAGAGAGAGAGAGAGAGAUUAGCUUAUUGGGUUUUUGCUUUUUUUGUGAUUGUAGGGUUUUGCUAGGGUUUAGAUGGGGAGAGGGGGGGAGAUUGCUUCUCUAAGGGGAUUUAGGAAGAGAAGGAGAAUUCGAUCGGAAGAUGAAAGUUCAGGUGAGUCGGAUGAGGAAUAUGUGUUGGGAGAAGAUGAAUGUGGUGAUUAUAGUUCUGAUGAAUUGGGGGCGUCUGUUUCAGGAUAUUCAUCUGAUGAGAGCUUUGAUUCUGUUACAGUGAUGUGUUCUAGCAGCUCUGAUGAUGAGCGGGAGGUUGCACGAUCGAAACCCAGAAAGGGUUUCUUGGGACGGAGGGAAUUGAGGGUGGACCGAGGAAAUUCUAGGGUUUCUAGGGUUUCGGACGAUGAGGAGGACGGUGAUGAUGAGGCUAGGAAGGUUGUCCGAUUGAAACCCAGAAAGGGUUUUCCAAGCCGGAAGGAACCAGGUUUUAAAUGGCCACGUAGGAGACCUAAGGAUUCUAGGGCUUUGGAUGAUGAGAAUGACGAUGAUGUGGAUUGGAAUGUCAUCCCGACAAAACCCAGGAAGUGCUUUUCAGGCCAAAGAUUGGGGAUUAAGCGGUCGCACAGACUCACUGAAGUUUUGGGCAAUGGGGGAGAAGUUGAGGAAAAAGAAUUUUCGGGUCUCCGGAAGUCGAGCGUUAGACAGUCGCAGAGCAUUUCAAAUAAUUUGGAAGAAGAUGGUGAGGACGGAGAUGAAAUUCAGACAUCUGUCGAAUCAAAACCCAUAAAGGGUUUCUCAGGACAGUGGAAAUCAAGAGCUAUGCGCUCACAAACUAUAUAUAGAGUUUUGGAUGAUGAGGAAGACGAUGAGAACUACAUGCCAGAUGUAGAUGACCAUGUUGACACUGAGGAAGAGAGUCUGGUGAGAUCUGAUGAAGAUGGAGACGUCCUGGAAGAAAAUGAGAAGGAUGAGAGAAGGAAGAGGAGAGCUGUUGUGAAUUCUGAUUCGAAUUGCAUUGUUUCCAGAUCUUCACACAUCGAGCACACGAAUUCAGAAGAAGAGAGAGAUUUCGUAAGAGAAACGGUCAGCGAUGGGGGUUUGACAACUUGCUUAACUAGUCCAUCGUUGUUGAAUAGAUUGCAAGAUGAUAUGAGCUGGAACCAUCUUCGACGAAAAAGGUCGGUUAUGCAGUCACGUAGUGUUUAUACAGUGUCGCAUGAUGAGGAAUCCAUGCCAGAUGCAGAUGAUUAUGUAGAACAUGAGAAAGAAAAUCAGGUUUGGAAGAGAACCAGAGUGAGGCUACAAGGAUCGGCUUCGAGAAGCAUGGUGAGCUAUGCUGAUGAUUUUGUUGUUGAAGAUAGGAUCAUGAGGGAGGAGAAUAAGAAGAAGAGUCAAAGAAGGAAUAAAAGUGCUGUUGUGCAUUCCGAUUCGGGUUUCGACACUCAUGGGUCUUUGGAUGCUGAAUAUACUGUGGUUUCAGAAGAAGAGAGAGAUAGUUGUGGGAAUUCUACAACUUCCCCAAGAAGUCCAUUGUUGAAGAGAUUGCAAGUUGAUUUGAGUUGGCACCAUCUUCUAAGGAAAAGAUCUGUGAGGAACAGGAAAGGGGAGUUGUACUGUUCGCGGCCUGAUUUGGGGAAGCAAGUCUGCGGGAUCUGCUUGUCGGAAGAGCACAACGGCAUUGUUCGUGGGAUACUGAAUUCCUGCAUCCACUAUUUCUGUUUCACUUGCAUAAUGGAGUGGUCAAAGGUGGAAUCCCGUUGCCCGGUAUGCAAACAGCGGUUUUCAACCAUUAGUAAGCCGGCACGGUGGGACGUCGGGAUCGGUCUAACAAAGGAGGUGAUAUCUGUCCUGGAACGUGAUCAGGUUUAUCAGCCUUCUGAAGAAGAGAUGAGGGGCUAUUUCGAUCCAUACGAAAAUGUGGUUUGUGCAGUAUGCCAACAAGGCGUACACGGGGACCUUUUGCUCCUAUGUGAUAUCUGUGAUUCCGCUGCACAUACUUAUUGUGUCGGUUUGGGAUUAGAAGUACCCGAAGGCAACUGGUACUGUGAAGGUUGUAUGCCCUCCAAUCCUAGAUAUUCAGAUAUGCAAGUUCCGGAUUACACUUGCUGUGAUGGCUUGUGCAUUGAGCAAUCUGGAAAUGGUAUCAAUGCAGAAUGUCUCGAGUCCCAUGUGCAUUUCACAUCUUCUUCCCAGCAGCAUUCGGUGUCUCUACCAGAACAACCUUUUCCCAGUGAGAUUGAUGUGCUUUCCCCUCCUAGAUGUCCCAUGAGGCAAGAUCGUCAAGCUGCAUCCGUCAUGUCAGAGGCGGGGCCAUCGGGGCCAUCGACCAUCACAAGGAGACACAGGAUACACAUUCGGAUCCCCAACAACCGGUAGAACUGGUGAACCCCAUUCCAAUAGUUCAGCCAGCUAGUGAUGCCAUCCUUUAGUACUAGCUUCUACAUCGAUCUUUUGAUGAACAACAUGCUACUCUCAAGGAGACUGCCGAGUGGCUGAAUUGAGCGCACCAACAGCAUAAUCAUCCCUAAUAGGCUGCCAUCGAACCAUUCAUUGUGCAUAACCAUGAUCUCCCUUUCUUCUCUCAAUUCUGAUUCUUUUUUAGGACAUCAGUCAUUACAUUGAUAGAAAUAUUGUAGUAGAAAUGAGCUGCAUCGAUCGGGACCCAAAAGUGUUCGGUCCAUUCAACUGCAAUAAAAUAGGAUUUGAUUUUUGAGGGAAUUAUAGUUUGUAUAGGA